UCAAAUUCAUGACAUAUAGCUUUGAAUAGAGAAUUUAAAUAGGCCUACAAAAUAUGGCAGAUGUUGCAGAAAGAUCGCUGAGAGCUUCAAGAAAAGCCCAUAUUUCAUUCAUAUGCAAAGUAUAUCUACUGGCAGCCACAAUGGUAACAUGCAGCAUUUGCCAAUGGAUUGUCAUAACCAUGAACCAAGAAGACUUGCCUAAACUGCUAAAGCGAUAUAAUUUUAUAACGCUGGCAAUAAUGUUUUCAAAUUUUCUCAUUAUGCUGCCAAUGCAGUAUUUGUUGCACAGUGGCAGGCCCAAAAGCAAAUUCCUCACAGUGGUUUAUAUUAUUUUCACGAUGGAAUUAAGUUCAACAAUUUUGGUCAGACCCAUAGCCCAAUCCACCACAUCACGCAUUGCUAUGGCAGCUGGACUAACAUCAUGUGUCAUGCUUGUCAGUCUUUUGGUCGCUUUAAGAUUUCACCUGGAGUUGGAACAGGAUGCCUUGUACUUGACAUUGUGGACGAUGAGAUAUUUCCUACUAACAUCCAUCUGCCUGCUGAUGACUCUGUCAUUUGAUGAUCAACAUGUGCAAAUCAGUAUUGCAUUGCUGUUGACAUUUUUCGUGUCGAUUUUUAUCAUAGUAUGGGCUAGAUCCCUGGGCUCGCUAAUAUUCUACGAGGACGAGGCAGCUUACUUGGGUUUCUACAUCACCUUGGCGUUUUUAAUUUUCCUUACAUUAUUCGUCAAUGCGGUGGUACUUUUUGAAUAUCUUUAGGAUUUAGAAAGGCGAUAUGUAUUAAGAAUUAAGUUCAACAAUAAAGGUGUUUAAAGCGUU